AUGUUCUGCUGUUCAGGAAUGAAUGCAGCAGUCCUUGGACUGGGCGCAGGCGGGAGCCGUGCUGAGAUGAUUCCUCUCGUGGACCGCAUUACAACCGUUGGGUUGGCAUUGACAGCAGCGACAGCGAUCUUUGGAGGUACAUGCACAAACAAAUUCGGCCCACGUUUUACAAUGUUGCUCGCUACCUGUGGCUACCCGACGUUUGUCGCGGCACUCUGGUUACUUGACAAAGGUCAAGCCCAGUGGUUUGCUUGGGUCGCUACUAUCUGGCAUGGAAUUAGUGCUGCAGUCUUUUAUCCCGCCGCAGUAGGAGUUGUCCUCGGGAUCACUUCAAGGACAAGUCGGAGAGCUGCUGGAGUCCCAACUACAGUGUAUGCGACUGUCGUUUGCAUUCAGACCCUUGGAUUUAUAUUUGCUAUGUUCCUCGGAAAACCCUCAGAGAUUCGCCGCAAGAACGGACGACAAAUCGCGCACUUCAAACUCUUAACGUGGAAAGAGGAGAUUCUCGGCCUUCCUAAGACUCUCGGUAGGCCAGAGACACUCCUCUUAGUAGUCCCCCUUUUCGUCAUGGGGAUGCCGUUCUCAUUCCUUGGGUCCUUGAAUGGAUCAUUCUUUAGUGCACGGACGCGCGCCCUGGCAAACCUGUGUUACUCGUGUGCCUUCUUUUUGGGCACAGCAGUGACGGCUUACCUUUGUGAUAAUCAAAAGCUAGGUCGUCGACGACGGAGAGCCAUUUUAAUUAACUUCCUGAUCCUGCUCACCAAUGUAGCUGCGUGGUCAGGGAUGUUCCACUUUUUGGUAACAAGGCGUAUCAACAGAAAGCAUCCGUCGCCAAAGGUUGAUUGGACUGAUGCUGAAGACUUCCUCAAACUGCUGUUUCUCUUUAUCGCCAUUGGCUUUUCCCAAGCAAUGUAUCAGUUCUACCAUAUCUGGCUUUGCUCAACCUUUUCCAACGACCCUCACAAACUUGGGCGAUUCAACGGAUACAUCUCCGCUCUGAGGAUGAGCGGUCUAGCCGCUGCUUUUGGCCUUGACUCGCACAAAGUGGACUUUCUGGUUGAGGCAGAAGUGUACUUCACGGUUCUGAUGAUUGGAGUUGUCUUGGCUCUCAUCUCAGCUUAUCGGUAUACAACGGAUACGAAUUAUGGGAGCGAGGAUUCAGUCAUUGAUCCUGACGAUUCAACCACGGCUAUUGCUGGCAACGUUAGAUCUAGCAGCGAUAUUGGGGAGGUGAUUUACUCAGUGUAUCCCCAGAAGGGGUGA